CCCCUAUGCAGCAGGUCCGGCUGGCAGGAUGGAGGCCCGCCCACCCGAGAGAGGGAGGAGCCACAGCCCAGGUGGAGCAGGUGAGGAGCCCGGGCUCCAGCUCCUCCGGGACAGGCGAAGUGACUGCAAGCUGGCGGGCGGAGGCGAGAGCAUUGUUGGUCCCAGGAUCCAACUCUGGGAAGCUGGCAUUGUCUCCCAGUCGCUGCCUAGGAGGACCACAAUGGAGGAGGAAGGGAUAAGAAACUUCAAGGAACUUCGAGCCAAAUUUCAAAAGUUCAAUGCUGCACCUCUUCCAGGGCCAAUAAGGUUUCCAGCUGGUGUGUCUCGAAAGGAUGACAGAGGUUCCACACAGCCAGCUCAGGAUCUGGCUAAUAGGAAGUGCCUCUCAUCCCACCAUCAUCGAACCCCAUCUUAUUCUUCCACUGGAGUGUCCCAGCCUCUUAAAAACCAGACAUUGAAGUCGGCUCAGAGAGAUGAACUUCAGAAGAGUUCAAGUUCCUCGGGAACUCCAGAAAAAUCUACAGUGUGUCCUGAAAGGAAUUUCCAGAAAGCUGCCAUGCCAUUGGAUGUGACUAAAUCAAGAGCUAAGACAUCCAACGAGGAGAAAGGAAUGACCCUCAGCAGCUUCAGAUACAAGCUUUGGAACUGGGAGAAAGUUUCAUCUCAGAGGGGUGAAAUGUCCCCAGCUCUACUCCUUACCAAUGGUGGGAUUAAGACCUUCCAUCUUGAAGGGCAGAAAACCAUGGGGCUUGCUCAGGACAAACCAGAGAAGAGCCUGAAAGCAACAGGAGCCCAGACCCUUCCUCCCCAGAGCCAUUCGAUGGCCCAGAGAAAAUCACCCGUGACCUCCAAAGCCUCCGGUGUAUCACUUCCUCCACAUAGCAGGAAGAGCACAAAAAGCCCCGGCACUGAGGGAAGCCACAGGAACAGCCCAUGCCAGCCUGUUUAUGAGUGUGAACUUGACAGCCUGGUUCCAGAGAAGCCAGAGAGCAGGCAAUGCCAGCUUCCCAAAACAAAACCACUGCCUUCCAUUGAGACCCUCGGUCCACCUCCUCCGAAGCCUUCAAAGCCCCCAUUCGUGAACCUCUAUGCCUUCCACGGGCUACCAGCUACUGUCACCAAGACCCCGAAAGAAGAGACUAUGAAGGAGGGUCCCCUGUCUCCAGAUAGUGCAGAGUUGGAAGAAGCACAUAAUUAUGACACAACAAUUUCAUAUCUGAGACACUCUGGCAACUCCAUUAACUUGUGUGCUGAGGAAGAAAGUGCUGAAGCCACUUAUGAAAUUGAGAUUGAAGAACUCCAAAAGCCUUGGAGGAGUUUUUUCCUUCCAGAACUGAGUCCUAGACCUAAAGAUGAAGAAAACACCAUGAAGGAAAAGGAGUCAUGUGAAUCGGAAGCUCUGAAGCCAAGGAAGGAGUUACACCCUAAUCAUCCUCCCAAGAUAGUUGUCUACAAAGAGACUCCAGGAAAAACCCAGAUGGCUGGAGUCCAUGAGGACAGAAGGAGUGUGCCAGCUGGAAACCAGGAAGCCAUGACUGACAUCAUGCAGAACAGGCUCUUCCCCGAGGAUGUGACACUGACAAGGCAUUCCCAGGAUAAGAGUGGGUAUGUGGAGGCUUUGGAGGUGACAAAAGAAACGCCAAGUCCCAGCACCAUUAGGUCAAGCUCCUCUUCAGAGAAGACGUAUGAUGAUGUGGAGUGCUCCAGAGAAGAUGUACGAAAGUGGGACUUCUCCAGCUCAUUCACCUCAGACAGUGAAGAAAAUAGUGAAGAAAUGUAUGAAGAUAUCUACAAAGCAAAGAACGAUGAUCCUAAAACAGAAGUAGCUGGGAGGACAGCACUGAGAAGACUGCAGCAGAUCUUCAGGAAAGAAAACGUAAUGUUCGGAAUGAAGAAAACCAAGUCAAAAGAAAUUGUCAGCAAUGGAUUUUCCGUGUCACUGCCUGACUUAGGACCUAGGUCUCAGGAUGGUUCUCAGGAUGGUAUCAUCUACGAUGAUGUGGAUACACGUGAGAAAGAACCAAAUGACGAGGAUAAAGUGAAAACUUGGAAGACUAAGUUUUUGAUACCAAAAGGAAAAAAGUGGGGGAAAGACAGCCAGGGAUCCAAAAGUUUUUCUCCCAGACAUUUCUUCAGAACUAAGAAGCAAAAAUUAGAAAAGAAUAGAAUGGAAAAAGAAGAAAAACUCUUCAGAGAACGAUUUCAGUAUGGCAAAGAAAUCCUGGUCAUUAACAGAGCUGUAGCAUGUGCCAGUAAUUCACGAAAUGGAAUGUUUGAUCUGCCAAUAACUCCUGGCGAACAGCUGGAAGUCAUCGACACCACUGAGCAAAACUUAGUGAUCUGUCGCAAUUCCAAAGGCAAAUAUGGAUAUGUGCUCGUUGAACAUCUAGAUUUCAAGCAUCAGGGCUGAUGUAAUUAAGAAGGUCUGCGUGAUGUCUGGAUGUGUCCUAGGUCUGAGUUCGGCCCCACAGCACUUUCAGCUCCUGCCUCAAGGGUGGAAACUCUGUCAGAAACUCAGAAGAAAACCCCUUAACAAGUCAAUGUUGGUUUUACGCCAUAAAAGUUUGUCCUUCGAUGUCUAUGUCCCUGCUGGUUCAGGAGAGUAUGAAGCAGUAUGUUAGUAUGUGAGCAUGUCCCUAAUGAGCCAUACCCCAAGUUAGAAAUCUUGCCUUCAGGCACCAGGGAGUUGGGCAGAUGGUGAGUGAAUUGUAACGUUAGUAUACUGCACAUGUAACUGCUUGGUACAUAGCUACAUUUCACAUGAAUUCUGUGUAGUAAAUAAUGUGACCAUGUCACCACCACCUGAGCCAUAAUCACUUGGUUUUUUUUUUUUUUUUAACCAAAGUGAAAGACAAGUACUGCUGAAGGGAUUCUUUUCUAAACUUAACCAGAACUAUUGUUUAGAAGUGUUUAAGUAUAUUUAACAAAAAUGUGAAAAUAUGUAAAAUAUAUACAUGUUGUAUCAUGUUAAAAAUAGGGGGAAGGUAUUAGUUUGUCUGUUUGGCUACAACACUUCCAAAUAUAUAUUUCAUUUAUAUUAGAGUAAGUAGAAAUUACAGAGUUGUAAAUACGAUUCUGGUUCUACCCGAUAUGCACUGUAUGUUAAUAAAGUCUAGAUAUGCUUUCAA